AUGCCCAGAGGGAGGGACGCUCAGAGGGAGGGACGCCCAGAGGGAGGGACGCCCAGAGGAAGGGACGCCAGAGGAACGCCCAGAGGGAAGGAUGCCCAGAGGGAGGGACGCCCAGAGGAGGGACGCCAGAGGUACGCCAGAGGGAGGGAUGCCCAGAGGUACGCCCAGAGGGAGGGAUGCCCGGAGGGAGGGACGCCCAGAGGUACGCCCCGAGGGAGGGACGCCCAGAGGAACGCCCAGAGGGAGGGACGCCCAGAGGGAGGGACGCCCAAAGGGAGGUACGCCCAGAGGGAGGGACGCCCAGAGGGAGGGACGCCCAGAGGAACGCCCAGAGGGAGGUACGCCCAAAGGGAGGUACGCCCAAAGGGAGGUACGCCCAGAGGGAGGGACGCCCAGAGGAACGCCCAGAGGGGGUACUCGUACGCCCAAAGGGAGGUACGCCCAGAGGGAGGGACGCCCAGAGGGAGGGACGCCCAGAGGAAGGGACGCCCAGAGGAACGCCCAGAGGGAGGGACACCCAGAGGGAGGGACGCCCAGAGGAAGGGACGCCCAGAGGAAGGACGCCCAGAGGAACGCCCAGAGGGAGGGACGCCCAGAGGAAGGGACGCCCAGAGGAAGGGACGCCCAGAGGAACGCCCAGAGGGAGGGACGCCCAGAGGAAUGCCAGAGGGAGGGACGCCCAGAGGGAGGGACGCCCAGAGGGAGGGACGCCCAGAGGAAGGGACGCCCAGAGGAACGCCCAGAGGGAGGGAUGCCCAGAGGGAGGGACGCCAGAGGGAGGGACGCCCAGAGGGAGGGAUGCCCAGAGGUACGCCCAGAGGGAGGGAUGCCCGGAGGGAGGGACGCCCAGAGGUACGCCCAGAGGGAGGGACGCCCAGAGGAACGCCCAGAGGGAGGGACGCCCAGAGGGAGGGAUGCCCAGAGGGAGGGACGCCCAGAG